AGAAAAGCAGGAUUGUCAAGAUGGUCAAGGAGUACGUCUCUCUCUUGCCGAGUUCCUGGUCGUCCUAGGAAGGUGUGCACCUUCUUUGAGCAGGUGCACACCUUCCUCGAGCAGGUAUGCACCUUCCUCGUGGACGAGGUCCACCAGCGCUCACCUUUUCUCGACUGCUGACCUUUUCUUCUCUUUUCAAGUGCCCAGCUUCUCUUCUCAAGUGCCCAGCGUCUCUUCUCUACUGCUCGGCUGUUCUCGACUGCUCUUUCGACUGCUCUCUCGCCUGAACUUUCGCAUGUCCUCCUCCUCAUCAUGUACGGCUCAUGGAUGUUCUUCGCUGUGCUGAUCUUUCGCUCGAUAUCUGCCGACGUUCAGACUCCCCUUUUUCGUAUUCGGAUCUUUUCUGAUCUUCUCAACAUUGUCUCUCUGCUCCAGAUUCUGGGCUGCGUCUUCGAUGCUUCACUUAUGCCAAUCCUUUGCUCUGGCCGUCCUCCAACUAUCUCACAGAUCAAGGCAACGACCAGUAUCCAACGAGGCGACUUGUUAUGGCGCAACAGAUGGGGCGUUUACAUCGUUGUCCUCGAAAAACAUGGCUUCAGACCGAUUCUCUAUGUUGGUUCUUCCAUGAAUGUCCAGGACGGUAUUUACGGGAGAUCUUGCGACUACCGUUCUAGCAACAACCGCAAUUUACCUAGAUAUGUACUGCGUGCUAUCAAAAAAGGCUACAAAAUCACAAACUUUUCAGUACCUUUUUUCUUCACUAAGCCAACAAACCCAGUGUUGCUAGGGUUCGCUCAGACACUCGUGCUCGCGGUUGAACACACCCUCACCUUCCGACUCUGGACUAUGAUUGGAACCUGGAAUAACUGCAAAGGCCUCGCAUUGUGGAAGAAAGAAGAUCAAGAAUACGAUGGCGCCAACUCACAUAGCUGCAUGCACGAGAGUCGGAGUUUGGAAGAAAUAAAGCCAGAAGAAAUUGCUGAACUACUCGAAGAGCGAGCGAAAAGGAAUAAAGCAAAGCACGACAUCUACAGAGCAACUCACAAGAAACAGAUUAGAGCGACACAGAAGAUUUGGGACGAGGAAAAUAAAGAGCAUAGGAAGGAAGGGAAGCGGCAAUGGAAUGAAGAAAAUAAAGAGCACAUUAAUGAAUACGCGAGGAAAAGAGCGAAGACAGCCAAGGAAACUGCACAGUUCCCUUGCAACGACUGUGGUCUGAACUUUGCCAACAAGAAGGAAUUAAAGAGGCACAAAGAUUCGGAAAUUGCGUGUAAACCAAAGAGAGAUGCGGCUAGAAGUGCUAGGCUGACAUGUGGUGGUUGUCAGAGGGAGUUUGCGCAAAUGGCAAAUUUGGAAAGGCAUAUCGCACAGGGAACUUGUCGAACUGUGCAAGAGAUGUCCUGCCCAACAUGUGGGAGGGUCAUCAAGAGCAAAUCCAAUCUGGAAAGACAUAUGGCCACUCACAAGUGAGCCUUAAAGGACAUUUCAAUGCUUAUGUACAAUCCAGUGGCACAACCA